AGCGCGCGCUGGGAUGAUGCUGUCAGGGGCUGAGCGUGAGCGGUGCAAUUUCAACAACAUGGCGGUCCCCGCAGCCCCAGACCGACAACUAGAAGAUCUCAACCACCUGAACCUGCCCCCCGCCGAGGUCACUGGCGGCAUCCCGCUGAGCUCGCCCUGGACGUUCUGGCUGGAUAGGUCGCUACCGGGAACAACAGCAGCAGAAUGUGAAUCUAAUCUAAAAAAGAUAUACACAGUUCAAACUGUGCAGAGCUUCUGGGGUGUGUACAAUAAUAUCCCGGAUGUAACAAACCUGCCUCUGAGAUGUAGUUACCAUUUAAUGAGAGGCGAGAGGAAGCCGCUAUGGGAAGAAGAAAGCAAUGCAAAAGGUGGAGUGUGGAAAAUGAAAGUUCCUAAAGAUAGUUCAAAGCUGGUUUGGCGAGAAUUAUUGCUAGCUACUAUUGGAGAACAGUUUACAGACAGAUGUGCAGUUGAUGACGAGGUGAUUGGUGUCAGUAUGAGCAUCCGUGACCGUGAAGAUGUAGUUCAGAUUUGGAAUGGAAAUGCUUCUGUUGUUGGAGAAGCCACAGUCUUAGAAAAAAUAUAUGAUCUUCUGCCAAACACUGCUUUCAAAGCUGUAUUUUAUAAACCCCAUGAAGAGCAUCAUGCAUUUGAAGGUGGACGUGCCAGACACUAGCAGAAAACCUUGUUUUGUUUCCUCUUUAUUUAAUACCUUUACUUCCAGAGGGUCUUCUAGUACAGUGUUAUUAGCCCAUCUUCAAGCGUGAUUUAGUCUAAGUGGCAGGUCUUAGGCUUUAUUUACAGCUCUGCACAAUGCUGACUUUAGGAUUCAUUUUAAGAACUUCAGAAUGGUCAAUUUUAGUACUCAAAGGGAAAAUUAUCUUGCCUAAGAAACUUUACUUUUGGCUGAUUUUCAUAUCAUUUCUUUGUAUGCUUCUAUCCAUAAAUCAAUACACCUCUCUUGUAAUCUAAAUAUUUUUGGGGUGAGGUGGGCUAAUUUUUUUUUAAUUGGAAAUUAUCCAUUAUUUGGCCUACAAGAAUUUGCUGUCUGUCUUACAUAGCUGAAUUAUUGUCUUUAACAAAUUUAGAAGUGGCUAUUUUUUUUUCCGAUAAAGUACAGAAAAGGCUGCCCAUUUCUGUUAAUUCAGCACUUUUGUAUAGGAUUCAAGGAUUAUCUGUACAGCAAAAUGAAAACCCUGUUUAUAAAUGGAUCAUGGUAAAGCAGACUUCAAUUUUGUUUUUAAAAAGGCCUGCUGUUUAAAAACUAAGUAUGCACAAUCAUGAUAUGCUGCUUUUUUUCAAAUGUUGCUGUACUUCUAUAAAUGUAAUCUUUUGUUUUUUGAUAUAUAUAUUCCCCCUUUCCUUUUUUUAGAGGCAUUCUUAUGCUUGGAUUUACCAGGCAUAAAUAUUUGCACAGAUCAUUGCACUGUUUUAAAUAAAUGAUCUGUUGAUGCACUGACCCACAGUACUCGACACCAAGUACAAUCUGCUAAUUGGUUCAAUGUUAAUAUUUAAAUUUAAAAUGGUAGUUUUUUUGCAAGUCCGUGGACCCACAAAUCCAGUUUGAUUAGCAGUAUCACAAUGGGUCUGUGUGAUUCAAAGUCUUUAUAUUUAAUACUGUUUUUGUAUAUGGAAAUAAUUUUUAAAUAUUCGUAUAAUGUGGGGAAUUUUUGGUGGAUGGAACCCACGCAGUUGGCAGCGUUAUACUGGGCUACACAGAAACCCUACACAUACACAUUGCUUGUCUUUUCUGUUUAGUUGAGGGGUUAGAUAUAUAGCAGGCCAACUUGUUUGUUUUUUAUUUAUCUUGGGACACAAACACUUCUUUAUAUUCUCAUCCUACCAUUUUUAUUUUUUGUCCCAUUAGCACUUUACUUAAAUUUUAUAAAGAUAUUUCUUGGCUUUUUAAAAUUUUGUUUUUGCAAUUUUUCUGUACAUCGGGUUAUAUAUGCUAAGCAGCCAACUUAUCAGUUUAGCAAACCUAGAAUCAGCAUUUAUUGUACGUUUUGUCUAUCUUCAGGAAUAUCUAUUAAUGUAGAACCAAAGAUUUAAUAGUCUUUAAGGAAUUUUUCAUGUAGCCAUUUCAGCCCCCCCCCCCCCUUUUAUCCAUCACAUUAACCCCUCUGCUGCCUGACACCUGCACCCCAGUAUGAUGAAGGGCGUUCUGUAAGCACUGCAGUGAAUAUUGCACUGAUGUCACCACGCAGCCAUAAAACCUGUUAAUUUUUUCCCUCUACCUUUUUUUAAUGCUUUUGUCUCUAUUUAUAAACUGCCUAUAUAUGUGUAUUCAGUUGUAUUUGUGAAUAAAGGUUUUUUUUUUUUUUUCUUCUUAA